UUUUAAUUUCUGUCUUCGUUUCCUUUGAAGUGACAUUUUGGGAAAGGAGCUGGCUUAUGGGGGGCAAACUGCACAAUAAUCCUUUUUCAUUUUUUACAGCUUCUAGUUCCGAUCCGGACUGUUCAACAAUGCUGUCGCCUUCGUUUGAAUGUGUCUUAGUCAACACCCAGCCAACAGAAAGGUCAAAUUCAACCUACAUUCAACCUCAACCAAUAGGGCGUGUGUCAGAAUAUGUUAUUGGUGGCUUUGAACCCAACGCUGUGAGGGAAUAUGAUGUGUCUGAGUAUGUGGUGGGACAAGCUGGGAAUAAUACUAAUAACGACAACACAAGAACGGCAACAACAGCAGUCACAGAAAGCACAACAGCAAUCACAACAACAACUGCUGUGGCGUUAGCUACUCCAGCGCCUUCAACCAACAGGCCUUCAACAAGUAAUGCAACAACUUCGAGCAGUACCACACCUGGACAUCGAUCAACCGUGCCACAUCCUCCACCACCUCCUGAUCACCAUUCUUCUCAUCAUAAUCGUUCAAGAUCAACAAGAGCUCCUCAUCCUCAUGAAUCAGCAGGAAGUUCGACAGUUGUGCCGCCUCCAGAGUUUUUGAUUCUGCGUUGUUACUCCAUGGAAAAACACCCAAAAUUGAGUCGUUCUGCAAUUCGGGAUGCUGUAUAUGGUGGAAAGAUUUCACUUCCGCCAUCCUUCAUAAGCCAUUUGCAAUACAUCUAUGCUUUCUACACUCUUAAAAUAGUCUACUAUAAAAUUACUCCAUUGGCACAACCAUCACUGAAAGAAAUUGAUGAAAAACCUUCUAGAGUGUUCUGUGGUGCGCUAGAUUACGAAUCUCCUGAGGAUCAAUGUUAUUUGCCUCCUUGGGUAGGGACAACUUUUUUUUUAAUUUUUAACCUCCUUUGGUCAUUCCAUCUUCUUUCGGAUUAA